AUUGGCCUUUCCAUUGAUUGCUUUUUAUUCUAUGUGAAUUACGAAUUUGAAGUACCUACUUACUAGUAUUUAUUAUCACACGAUAAAACAAUUACCGUAACAAAUUCGAAUGAAAAGCUUUAUUAUAUACCUAGUUCAAUGCGAAUUAUUAUUGUAAGAUGACGAGUUGACAGCUCCUUUCAUAUCCGCAAUUGCUGGUACAGGUUGAUUCCAAAAUGGUGGUCGUUUGUUGUGCUUGUGAUUUUUAGAAUAACUGUGCAUUUAUGUAUAUAUCGUGGUCCAUGUAUACAAACUUCUAAUAAGAUAAAAAAAAUGGACGAAAAGGAAGAAGUUGUUGAAAAUUCCACAGAGGUGGAAAACGAUACCUCUACAAAACCCGAAGAAGAGAAAAAGGAAGAUGAUAAUGUUAAAAAUGAUAAUGAUGUAGAAAAAACUGAGCUGAAGGAAGAACCACCAAAUACUGUUGACGAAACUGGUGAUACAAAAAUAAGCAGUGAUGAGCAAAGUGAUUUAACUAAUCACACAGAUCAAACAAGUGUAGAAGAAAAUAGCCAAAAUGAUAAGCAAGAUGAUGAAGGACCUUCACCUGCACCAUCAGAUGAUAUAAAUACAGCUAGUGAAGAAAGUGAAAAGGUUGAUGAAGUGUUAAAUGAUGAAAAUGAAAAAGAUAAUAAAAGCAUUGGAGAUAUUGAACAGAGUAAGAAUGAAAGUGAUAAUGAUAGUAAAGCGGAAACAUUAAAAGAAGAAUCAACACCAGACGUAGGUUUACAAGGUACACAAGGGGGUACUAGCCAAGAUUCUGAGGACACAUUAAAAGAAACGCCCACGGAAUCCAGUCAGGAAGAGGCUAGUGAAGCUAAAAAUGAAACAGACGUAGACAAUAAUGGAGACACAGAUAAAGUACAAAAACCUGAGUUUGAAACAGCUCCCAAUGUAUCGGUAGAGGAUUCUCAAGAAGAUCAUACACAGGCAUUAGAUCCAUUUGACGCUUUACUGAAAGACACCACAGAUGCUCAAGCAGAGACAAGCACACAGAUGGCUGACGCUUCAACAAAUAUAGACGAUGAUGAUGACCACAAUGUAGAUAGUGUUGAUCAUCAUGUGGACAGUGUGGACAAUGUGGAUGGUGAAGAUGAUCAACAUCCAGAUGAAAGUGUAUCAGAGUUGACAGAGGAACCAGGGGCAGAUGAGGAAGUGUGCCUCCUUCCCGACACGGAGAGGGAAUUGUCGGAAGAAGAUAAGGCUGAAGCGGAAAAGGUUUUAGCUGAAAAACGGAAACAAGCAGAGGAAGCAGCAUCAAUAGCAGCGAAUCCGAAACUCGAAACGGAGACACAAGACUCACAAACAGAGACAGCAGAAGAUGCGACUAACGCUAAUAGUCAAGCAGAUGGUGUAGAAGCAUCUGUGCAUGAAGAGGGCAAUGAGGAUGGUAAUGAAAAUGAGAACGAAAAUGGUGGAGAUAAGGAAAAUGACCAAGAGGAACCAGCGGAAGCCGAAGGGCAUGGCCCAAUAUCAAUAAGAGAAACUGUCCCCAUAAAAACACAAUGUGAACUUUGUAAAAUUUCACAAACAUGCAAUUUUUUCUUCUGCACAGACUCAGAUGAACGAAAAUACUUUUGUGGUGAAUUCUGUGUCAAUUCCUUCCAAGCUGAACAUCCCGAUCAGUAUGUAUUAAUUAAAAACAAAUAUGUGAUUGACGAAAUAAACCCUAGAGAUUGUAUGUGCUCGGAAUGUGAAGAAACGAAAACAUGUUAUUUCUUCUACAACUAUGAAGGCGAAGAUACUUAUUAUUGUUCCCUAAGAUGCUUGCACAGCAUGAUGGCUGAUGAAGUAGAAAAGUACACCUUUAAACGACGCAGGAUUACAGUGGACAAUGAAACACCCCCAACUAGUGAAUGUUAUUGUUGUAAAGAAACUAAAAAAUGUAAUUACCAUGCUAAAAAGUAUGGAGAAGAUAUAUAUAUUUGUGAUCAGCCAUGUUUAAAAUCACUCAAUUUGCAAGAGAAUGGAAGGUAUUUAGUGUCAAAGAAACGGGCGUCACGCCAUAUACGAAGUAAUCCCAUUUCUGUUAAAACACAACUUUUAAGGUUACAAGUUAUCAGUAAUGCAACUGAUAAGUAUUUGGACGAAGCAUACAAAAUCCAAGCAAAAACGCCGGCCAUGGUUGCAGCGGCGAGGGAGGAACGAGAACGAUCGUUUUUAAGAAUAUGUAGCCAAUGUUCUUUGAUCAUUAACAAGGAUGAAAAAAUGUUGACAUGGGAGACUAUGGACUUUUGUAACGAAGUGUGUUUGGGGCGGUAUCAGAAUAAAAUUGGUUCUAAAUGUGCGAAUUGUAAGAAUGUAGUGUUACAUACGAGUUUAGGGAAGUAUUGUGUGCGUUUCGGUUAUGAUAUACGGCAGUUUUGUAAUUCUGGAUGCUUGGAAGAAUUCAAGAAGGGGUUGAAGAUAUGUUGUUACUGUCAGAAGGACAUUUCUGGUGGUCAUGAGGGCUUCCUCGCUCCGGUGGGCGAUAAAGGGCAGUUCAAAGAUUUCUGUACGCAGAGCUGUAUGGAGAAGUUUGACCAGAUGAGCAAGAAUCCGGUGCCGCAGCCAGUCUGGGCAAAGUGCGCAGUGUGCUCAUUGGAAAAGUCUACAUCAAUAGAGGUGGAAGUCAGCGAAGAUGUGUGUCAGAGGUUAUGUUCUGACCCAUGUUUUGCGGCUUUCAAAUUUGUCAACAAUAUAUUUCCAGAUCAAUGCCGCUGGUGUAAAAAGUACUUUGAAAGAAAAAGCAACAACAGUUUCACAAUAUAUGACGGAUCUUCCCCUCACCCCUUCUGUUCUAAGUCCUGUAUGAACAUUUAUAUAAGCAAUUCAAGGCAUAUAGUACCUUGUAAUUGGUGUAAAGUGAAGAAAUAUAAUUUCGAUAUGAUACAAAAGAUGCAACCCAACGGACAAGCAGUUAUGAUGUGCUCGUUGAACUGUUUUAAUUUAUAUCAAGUUUCUAUUAACGCUGUAUCCUCGAGAAGAACGAAAUGUGAUAUGUGUAAACGGACUGCAUUGGCGCAAUACCAUUUGACAAUGUCAGAUGCUACAGUUAGGAACUUUUGUACAUACCAGUGUGUUAUGAGUUUUCAGGGCCAAUACUCGAAGCAUGCGUUGCCUGUGGGCAUGGGCGAACAAGCAGCCGAUACAACUAAGGCAGUACCCACUGGAGUGCCGAGGCGAACGUACGCUAAUAAAAAUGCUGCAAAGAACCAAAACCGCGCGAGCACGGGCAUGCCUGUCAUAUCGAAUGUGCAAUCUCUAGCCACGCCUCCUGUGCUCGCACCGACGAGAGGCAAAUCCAAACGCCAAGUGCAACCAGCUCCCGAACCAGAACCCCCACAAGCACCCAAAACACCCCCUCCCCCUCCCAAACCACCUACCCCUCCACCACCUCCACCCCCCAAAAUAUAUAACCAUGUUAUAGUCAAAACAUUACCCCCUCACGAAGUAGCGAAUAAAUCAACUAUGGCUAAACCAAUGAUGGUAUCAAAAGGAGUAUCUUGCCGGCCUCACCCGUGUACUAAAGAAUGCCAAACCGACCCGAGUUUAGAAAGAAAGGUCUUAAUACCGGUCCCUGUACCGAUAUACGUACCAGUACCGUGUGCUAUGUGGUCGCUACCGUUCCCCAUACCCGUACCUAUACCGCUGCCUAUACCGACUCCAGUUUUCAUACCGACAACGAGGAAUUCAGCGAAGGGGAUAAUGAAGGAAAUUAACAAGAUACACGAUAAGAUGCCGACCGAUCCGUUUGAAGCAGAAUUGCUUAUGAUGGCGGAAAUGGUGGCUGGUGAUAAAAAGAAAGAUCAGAGCGAUUCGGAUACUGAGGAUGAGAAUGAGGAAUUCAGUCCGGUUACUGGCAUGGACGGCAACAACGCGUUCGGCGAAGAUAUGUUACAAAUGGCGUUGAAAAUGGCCACGGAAUAUGAAGACCAGCCGGUCGAUCUAGAAUCCGCUAUGACGGCCAACACUAUCACGCCCAGCUCGCAUCCAGGCAUGCCAGGUCUAGAAGGCGAAGGCAUGCACCACCACCACAUGAUGGUGCUAGAGCAGCAGCGCGCGGUGGCUGCACUGCGCGCGGGGCAGGCUGCCGGUGGUGCGGCGGGCCGCAAGCGCGCACCGCCCGCGCCGCCCGCCGCGCCGCGCCCGCGCGCCAGCAAGCGGCGCCGCGACCCCGCGCCGCCGCCGCAGCCGGAGCCGCCGCGCGAGCCCGCCGAGAAGCCCGACGCGAACAUGUGCCUCAAGUACACAUUCGGCGUAAACGCAUGGAAGCAGUGGGUUAUGACGAAGAACGCGGAAAUAGAAAAGAGUUCCAUACGACGGAAGCCCUUCAAGUCUGAGAUCUUACAGUUAACAGCUGAUGAGCUGAAUUAUUCGCUAUGCCUGUUCGUCAAGGAGGUGCGGAAGCCGAACGGCAGUGAAUACGCGCCGGACACUAUUUAUUAUUUGGUUUUAGGUAUACAGCAAUAUUUGUUUGAAAACGGUAGAAUAGACAAUAUAUUCACGGAUCCAUAUUACGAGAAAUUCACGGACUGUUUGGACGAGGUGGCGAGGAAGUUCUCUGUGUUAUAUAAUGACUCGCAAUACAUAGUAACGCGAGUGGAAGAGGAACACCUAUGGGAGAGUAAGCAGCUCGGCGCGCAUUCGCCACACGUUCUUCUAUCUACCCUCAUGUUCUUCAAUACGAAGCAUUUUAAUUUAGUUACGGUAGAAGAGCACAUGCAACUAUCCUUCUCGCACAUUAUGAAGCAUUGGAAGCGGAAUCCGAACCAGCCGGGGCAGGCAAAGAUACCCGGCGCUAGGAAUGUGCUGUUGCGGUUUUAUCCGCCGCAAUCCGCUUUAGAAGCGAAUUCGAGAAAGAAGAAAGUGUAUGAACAACAGGAGAACGAAGAAAAUCCACUGAGGUGUCCCGUAAAGUUGUAUGAAUUUUAUAUCUCUAAAUGUCCGGAAUCUGUGCGCACACGCAACGACGUGUUCUACCUGCAACCGGAGCGGUCGUGCGUGCCCGACUCCCCCGUGUGGUACUCCACGCAGCCGCUCAGCAGACACGCGCUCGCCAAGAUGCUGCACCGCGUCAAGAUGGUCAAGGAGAUCAAUAUUGCGCUGCUCACCAGCUAAGAUUACACAUACGAGUGUUUUGACGGAGAACAUUCGUGAUAGCCUGAAUAUGAUAGAUUAUGUUCUGGAUAUGUUUCAAUAGUUACAAACGCUGUGACGGUGACUCGUAUUGUAUAGUGCGCUCUGUGUAUUGUUGUGAAAAUUACAAUGUAUAUUUUUUUACUUUGUAUAUCAGCCUGCUGAACGGACAGCUAAUGUUAAUUUAAAAUUAAUACAUAGAUUAUAUCGGAUCAUUUUAUAACGUUGCAAUUAAUGAAAUUUAUGACCUUUGUGUGGAAAUGAUUUAUGUGCAGAUGCGACUCAAUCGAUGUAUAUGAAGAAUAAUUUGGACUGGACAUAUUGAAAUUCGGGAUUAUGAUUAUAGUGUGGUUUCGAAAAGUAUUUUUAAUUUGUAAAUACGCAAAGCGAUCGUCGUUUAUUACAAUUAGAAAUGUAUAGGUGCGAUUUUGAUUGAUAAUUUCUUCGAGAAACCACUUAUUACAUGUAUGUAAUAUAAAAUACAAAUUUGUAUGGUAUGUAGAAGUAAGUGAUAUAUAAUUCCAUUUUUUUUUAUUUUUAGAAAAUGAAGCACUCGUACAGUAAUAUAACAUUC